AUGACUGAGGUGGCAAUCAAAUGGUCAGACAGUGAUAAGGUUGAGCUAGCAGUGAAGAAUGGCUAUACUCCACCUACCACAGACAUUUUUGUUGAGUCUGAAAUGAAGAAGUUGGAAAAUGAUGCCAAGGCACCGAAUGCUCUCCAUAGUUCUCUAUCUAUAAAUGAGUUUACAAGGGUUGUAGGUUGUGCUACAUCUAAGAAAAUAUGGGACAAGUUGCAGAGUAUAUAUGAAGGUGAUGAAAGAAUUAAAGAAGCAAAGCUACAACACUACAUGGCUCAAUUUGAAGGUCUAAAGAUGACUGAAGAAGAGACAAUUGAUGUAUUUAUGAACAGGGUGAAUGAAAUUGUCAACUCUAUCAGAGGCCUAGGUGAGCAGAUUACAGAUGUAGUUGUAGUAAAGAAAAUCCUUCGAUCUGUACCUGAAAUAUACAAUGCCAAGGUAUCGGCCAUUGAGGAAUCAAAGAAUCUAAAUCAAUUGAGUUUGAAUGACUUACAUGCAAAUUUGACAGCCUAUGAGAUGAGGAUGGUUAAGCCCAAGACCACAAGUAAAGAAGCAGCUUUCAAGACUAUAAGCAAGAUGAAGAGUUUGAAAAUAACUGAAGGAAGUGAUUCUGAAGACUCAAAUGAUGAGUUGAUUGCCUACCUUGCUAAGAGGUUGAAGAAGGGACAUGGUAAGUACAAGGAAAAACUUCCCUUGAAAUGUUUCAAUUGCGGUGGUAUAGGACAUUUUGCUUCAAAAUGUCCUAAGAAAAGCAAAAUCAACCUCUCUGAUUAUGAAGAAGAAAGUGAGCCAAAGAAGGGAAAGAAGAAGUAUGUUACAAGGAAGAAAAACUACUUUAAGAAAAAAGUUUGA